UUUGAAGUCUUCUCAUUGGAUCAACAAAAGUAGACGUCUACGUAUUACUUUACAGAGAGCUCACGACAUGGUAGUUAACGCAUUCUAUCGACGUUUUAACAAAUGAACUUGUUAUAAGCUGAGUUUUUACUUUACGCUCAUACUGGCGAAAACCUGCAACAUAAUUCCUGACCAAUUACAGUCUCGUCCUGUAAACCUGAUAUUGUGUGGACAUGCGGCACAAUAAAUCAGCACAUAAGCGAAAGCCAUCGACCCCCAGGCGCAGAUCCCCUCCUGCUACACCAGCAGCACCCUCCACAUCCAGAACCCGACGCACCAGUGGACCAUCCGAGAAAUCCCCACGCAAGAAGCACAAGUUUCGACCUGGGACGCGAGCUCUCAUGGAGAUACGCAAAUAUCAGAAAUCCACAGAUCUGUUGUUGCGCAAGGGCCCGUUUUCACGACUGGUACGUGAGGUGUGUCAGACAUUUAGCCGGGAGAACUUAAUGUGGCAGGGCUAUGCACUAAUGGCUUUACAAGAGGCUGCAGAGGCGUUCAUGGUCCGUUUGUUCUCUGAUGCCAAUCUCUGUGCUAUUCAUGCCAAGAGGGUGACAUUGUUUCCACGUGAUAUACAGCUUGCCCGUCGAAUCAGAGGUGUUGAAAACAUGUGAAGUUAUAUUUUCUUUUCUUUUUUUUGGACUGGAUACAGUGUAUAGACAUGUUUUAAAUUUCCUAUACUUUUCAGACCUCAAAUUUAAUGUUCAAACAAUUAAAAUAAGCAUCCAAGAAAGUUACAUGUAUGUCUGAAACAUGGAAACAUUUUAAAUGGUUUUUAUUGUAAUGUAUAAAAAGUUCAGUGUUGUAAAGUUAUGUUUGUUGUUAAUAAACAUGUUGUUUUAUAGUA